CUCCCAGCAUGGCCUGGGCGGCCCGCCCCGCCGUCUUGAUUGGCUGAGAUCCUCGUGCUCCCGCCCCCCGGGAAUGAAUGGAUGGGCGGCCUCAGCGCCCGCCCGACCGCUGGGAGGACCGACCCGGCAGGGACCUGCUGGGGGCAGGACCCGGGUAGCAAGAUGGCCACGGUCAUCCCCGGCCCCCUGAGCCUCGGCGAGGACUUCUACCGCGAGGCCAUCGAGCACUGCCGCAGCUACAACGCGCGCCUGUGCGCCGAGCGCAGCCUGCGCCUGCCUUUCCUCGACUCGCAGACCGGCGUGGCCCAGAACAACUGCUACAUUUGGAUGGAGAAGACCCACCGCGGGCCUGGUUUGGCCCCGGGACAGAUCUACACUUACCCCGCCCGCUGUUGGAGGAAGAAACGGAGGCUCAACAUCCUGGAGGACCCUAGGCUCCGGCCCUGCGAGUACAAGAUCGACUGUGAGGCACCCCUAAAGAAGGAGGGCAGCCUCCCGGAAGGGCCUGUCCUUGAGGCUCUGCUGUGUGCCGAGACCGGAGAGAAGAAAGUAGAGCUGAAGGAGGAAGAGACUAUUAUGGACUGUCAGAAACAGCAGUUGCUGGAGUUUCCGCAUGAUCUCGAGGUAGAAGACUUGGAGGAGGACAUUCCAAGGAGGAAGAACAGGGCCAAAGGAAAGGCAUAUGGCAUUGGAGGGCUCAGAAAACGCCAGGACACCGCAUCCCUGGAGGACCGUGACAAGCCGUACGUCUGUGAUAUCUGUGGGAAGAGAUAUAAGAACCGGCCAGGCCUCAGCUACCACUACACCCACACCCACCUGGCUGAGGAGGAGGGGGAGGAGCACACUGAGCGCCAUGCCCUGCCUUUCCACCGGAAAAACAACCAUAAACAGUUUUACAAAGAAUUGGCCUGGGUCCCCGAGGCACAGAGGAAACACACAGCCAAGAAAGCACCAGACGGCACGGUCAUCCCCAAUGGCUACUGUGACUUUUGCCUGGGGGGCUCCAAGAAGACGGGGUGUCCCGAGGACCUCAUCUCCUGUGCAGACUGUGGGCGAUCAGGGCAUCCCUCGUGUUUACAGUUCACUGUGAACAUGACCGCGGCUGUGCGGACCUACCGCUGGCAGUGCAUCGAAUGCAAGUCCUGCAGCCUAUGUGGCACCUCGGAGAAUGACGACCAGCUGCUGUUCUGUGACGACUGCGAUCGGGGUUACCACAUGUACUGCCUGAGCCCUCCGAUGGCGGAGCCCCCGGAAGGGAGCUGGAGUUGCCACCUCUGUCUUCGGCAUUUGAAAGAAAAGGCCUCUGCUUACAUCACCCUCACCUAGGCCUGCCUGGCUCUGCUUCUCCAGGACCUUUGGGCGGUGCUAACUUAUGCCUCUCGGAGCUCCUGGCUCCCCACGCCCGGUGUCCCGAGUGGGAGGGAUUGGGUGAAGCCUGGAGGGGGAGGGGGGCAAGGUGUUCUCCCUCUGCAAGUGGAAUGUUACCCUGCGGGUGGGUGGGUGAGUCCAGCAGGGCCCCUCCUGCCCCCCUCUUCAUCCCUUGACAAACGGGCACCAGGGGCUUCUGCCCCCCUCAAAGCCAUACCCCGCCUCUGGGCGGGCAUAGAGGGGUAGCGGAUGCCAUCCAGGGGCACAGAAAAGCCUUUUUCUAAAGAAAAAGACAAAAAGUGAAAAAAAAAAAAAAAAAGAAGAAGAAAAAAGAAAUUAAUAUAUACAAAGAGUCCUAUAAAGCCUGGCUGGGUGGAGGGGCACAGCUGAGCUAGCCUCUCUGCUGGGGGAACCGAUUUUACCAGUUUCCGGGAUGGCUCCUCCCCACCCCCAUUUUGCGAGUUGCAAUUGUCACAACCUCCCCAUCCGAGGUGGGUAGCAUUCCUUCCUCACACCCAGGCCAGGUGGGCGCGGUGCCCACCCACUGCCCCCUCCCAGUACCCAGCGUGGAUACCGCAUGAUGUGAACCAUGGUUUUGAACUCUUGGUGCCCCUCUUUGGCAGCCCCGCCCUGCGCCCACCCGGUGCCUGCCAGGCCUGGGGCAUGCAGCUGAGGGAGGCCGGCGGGGCGAGGCAGGCAGCCAGCCA